GAUGAUCWUUGUAGCCAUUUCACAAACAUUCGAGACAAAUUUUGAGYGAGCUAYUUGCGAUCUAUCUAUCUUUAUUKCAAUAUGUCUGGACGUGGCAAAGGAAAAGCUAAGGGAACUAAAUCAAAGACCAGAUCUUCUCGUGCCGGACUUCAAUUCCCCGUCGGUCGUAUUCAUCGACAUCUUCGAAAGGGAAACUACGCUCARCGUGUUGGAGCGGGUGCUCCAGUCUAUCUAGCMGCCGUUCUUGAAUAUCUAAGCGCUGAAAUCCUCGAGUUGGCUGGCAACGCUGCCCGUGAUAACAAGAAAACCAGAAUCAUCCCUCGUCACUURCAGUUAGCCGUACGAAACGACGAAGAAUUGAACAAAUUACUCGGCGGAGUAACGAUCGCUCAAGGAGGCGUUCUUCCYAACAUCCAAGCAGUUCUUUUGCCCAAGAAAACAGAAAAAGGAGGCCAGAAGAAAUCCAGUCAGUCUCARGAAUAUUAGGUCUUUCAAACAGGCUAAACAUUUAAACAACGGCUCCUUUAGGAGCCACCCAAAUAUCACGAAAGUUCAAUGAUCAAAUGCUAAGGAYAUCUCAAAUACAAUUUUUCUAUGAUAACAUAUUUAAAGUGACGUCGCUUUUGAUUUAAAAUUCCUUUAUAUUCAGAAAUCUGUAAAGCUUUUUAGAACGAUUUGCUCGAACCCUGAGAGGAGCGUGCGUUAGGAGUUUGUUUUGGCGGACUUUUUUGGCGCGCUUUUUCGUUGACCUCAGUUUGAAUUUAAUUUACAUAWAAAGCGUCUCCUAUCUCCAUUGGAUUAUGUAUAAAAGAUGUAAAUAGUAAUUGUAAUACUCUGUAAAAUGCACCAAUUUUUUAAAUGAAAUGAGUAAUACUUGUUU